UUUGGAGUACAGAUGAGGAAUAUCACUGGUAGCACUGCAGAUAAACAGAUUUCAGCCAGUUCAUUAUGUACUGAUCUUGCAUUUGAACUCCACAGUCACCAUCUACAGAAGCACAAUAGGAUGCAACUGUUGUUGAAAACAUUACAGAAAGCGGUACACCAAGCUACUGGUGAACCUUAACGAGUGUCAUUUCAAAUAAUGCUACAGAUGUCAGGGCAUUCCAGUCAUUUUCCUUUUGGGUCAUACCUGCUUAUUUGUCUUCUUGCCUUCACGUUUCCACAGUCCUGAUUGUUUCUCUCCAGUGAUAUUCCCAUUUAAUGCAAACCUCAGGGUCUCUGACUGACACUACCCUGUAGAUCAUAGAGCAAACAACCUCACUCUAAAGCAAAUGACCUCAAGGCCUAGGUCUAAAAUAAUUGUAUGGAAGUAACUGAUCAGGUAUUGUCUGUACCUGGAUGCCAAGCAAGAAAUACCAGCAUAAAGCCUGUUUAACAUCUAUGCUGCAUUCAGAGGCAAUAUAGGCAAGUACCCAGGCUUCAGCCAAAUCAAACUUGGAUGCUGUGCAAUCCAGUAGUGAACAAUUAGGGAAACAGAAUUAGGGCUUGACGGACAUAUUGCCUGGGGAGAGAAGAGCUCUAUGGAGUGGUUCUUUGGUGCCAGCCUUUGCUAUUAUUUUCGUUCUUUGGAUUUUUUUUUUUUUUUUAUACAUGACAACACAUAAGGAGUUACAUUCUCUGUACAGAACCCAUCCAGCAGCAAAAGGCAACGUUUUUCUCCUAUUUUAAGCUUCUUGCUGCCAGUCUAAGUGCUAAAAGAUCCUUCUCAUGGCACUCUCUUCUUGUUUGAGCUACGUGUGUUGUUUUCUUCGUCCUCACUUGCGUCUGUUUGGGGUGGAGGGAAUGGGGAAAAGGUAAAAGGGGAAGGCUCAACCGUCUCUCUAUUUUGGGUCGUCUGCUGUUUCCGCUAUCUGGAGCCUCAACAGAGCUCAAUUGUUUCAUUUAUUGCAUGCAGAGGGUGGCUCCUGCACCCACUAGUGGGUGAAUUUGUACUGAGAUGUAGCAGAAAAUACUUGGUUUGCACAAAGUUACAGAAAUUAUGCAAGAAAGCAUGCAUGCUUUUUUUUUUUUUUCCUUGCUACUUUCUCCCCCAGCGUUUCUUCCCAGUUUUCACUUCAGCAUCAGAAAAGAGGAAUAAGAGAAGACCGAUUUGCCUCAUUACCCGAAAGUGACAACUCACUGAUACUUUAUCUCUUGCAACACAAAGAAGAGAAAGCACAGAUCAGCGCUGUGUUAGUUCCAGCCACUUGAGAGAGCUUUCAUAGCCCGGGGCAGGUAGGAACCUCCCCCCACAUCCGUGCUUUCACCCUAUUUCCAGCGCUGCGAGACCACAUCAGAACAGCUACAUGUCCGACACCGCCGGGCCAGAAGGAAAAAGCAAGAUAAGAUUCACUGAAAUACCGUUCCACAUUACAGCCCCGGCAAAUCAGGCACUGCAAUAAAGGAGAGAAUUAACCCACACUCCGUUUAGCAGAGUCAUCUUCCGGAGCUGUUUGCUUACAUCUCGUCUUCAAAGCAGCGCAGCUGUCGUGGGGAAACGCGUACUGCCAUCGCGGUCACUUCGGUGAGAGCACGUCGAUGUGCUUUUGGUGUUCCGUGUAUUUCACAAACAAACAACAACAAAAAAACCACGAAAAGCCACCACAACAAAACCGCGCCAACUUUUCUCCUCACAAUCGCUGUGUCAGGGUUUGAAGUCACGGACCGCGCUUCACUCCUUCAUCGGGACGCAGCCGUACAUAACGAUGUGCGCACAUAACAGUGAGCUGGAACAGCCGAUCUCCCACCACAGCCCGCACCUCACAGCAACCGCAGGGCGUCAGCGGGACCGAAGGGAUCUCGUUAUGGACGCCGUUAUUUUAAGCCCUUACAACUCCUCACAGGAGGCCGGCGGUGCUGCCUGCCGUCCCACAGCAGCGCACAGCCCUGCCGCCCUCAACGGAAAAAGCUAACAACGUGAAUCGAGCAUAGCGUAGCUGAACGUUUAUUUCAUCAGUUAAGGAACGAGUUUCUGGCCGCCGCAUCUCCACACGGGACAAAGCGCUGCUCCGGCGGCACGCAGCCGCUUCCCGCUCCGCUCCCGCGCGGCCCGGCUCCCUCAGCUACGGGCGGAGCCGCACGCUGCCGGUACCGCGGCUCCCUCAGAAGAACCCCUCAGAAGAACCCCUCAGAAGAACCCCUCAGAAGAACCCCUCAGAAGAACCCCUCAGAAGAACCCCCACGGCGAGGAACGGAGCCGGGCACCGGGCCUGGCGCGAGCCCCGCGCUCCUGCCUGAGGCCCGCCGCCAUCUUAACUCCUGGCGCCCCCUCCCGCCCUGCACUCGUGCCCCCGGCAGCGCUGCGGGGCCCGGCGCGAGAGUGGCAACGGGGUGAAGGAAAAACCCUCGCUGCAAACGCCACGCCGGCCCUACCCCGCCGCAGCCCGCCCGCAGAACGCGGCGGAAGCGCCGGCCCUCGCCCCGCUCCGCCCACUGCCCCUCCGCGCCCUUCCCCAACAUGGCGGCCGCGCGAGUCAGUUACCGCGCGUCGUGACGUCAUCCCGCCGCGCCUCUCCGUCUCCACGGCAACCGGCGGGCGCGGAGCGGCGAUUCUGGCGGCCGGGUUCCCCCCACCGGUUUCGCCGCCAUGUUCGCGGACGAGACGGCGCCCGGCGCCGCGGUGCAGUCGCUGUGGAGGAGCGCCCGGAACGCGUGCUGCGAGGCGAAAAGCUGCCAGACUGGGGAAGUUGCAGUGGCAGAGGUUGCAGUGCAGUCGCGGAGCAGCAGAGAUGCCGCCGUGCAGACGGAUCGGAGCGCUGUCCCAGACGUGCAGCAAGGAGCCUGUGUGGAUGAGAGUGGUGUGCUGGCAUUCCUCCGGAGGGUGGAGGAGGUCGUUAUCAAAGAGCUGAACAAGAACGUGACAAGUCGUGCCUUCGAUGGCUUUGAUGUGAACUGGACGGAUCAGAACAGAACAGUGUUGUGUUUGCAUGCAUUGUCAUACCCAGAGGCUCAGGAUCAACACCUGCAGGUUACUGGUGUCUCAUGGAAUGCAACAGGAUCUGUUGUAGCAUGCUCGUAUGGCCGCUUUGUCUUCAUCAGGUUGAAUGAUGGGGACUGGAGCACAGAGAAAUCCUAUGUCUGUACCUGGAAUCUGGAUAGAAGAAGGUUGGAUCCACAACGUCCCGACCUUGUGGUGGAUGCUCCCAGUUCUGUCAUGUGCUUGGCCUUCCAUCCCUCCCAGCCUUCACUGAUAGCUGCCGGUCUGUUCAGUGGGGAAACGGUGGUGUGGGACACCAGCAAACCAGAAGACCCCUUGAUCUGGCGGACAGGGAUGACAGAUGACACUCACACUGAUCCAGUCUAUCAGGUUCACUGGCUGCCCGAUGCCAAGCAUGGAAACCACGUCCAGCUGCUGAGCGCAUCGACGGACGGUAAGAUCCUGGUGUGGAGGGAGGAGCGAGAUGGGCGGCUGAUGGUGGCUGAAGGAUUCGCCCUGGUGGCUCAGCAGAUCCCUCGCAGUGCUCAGCUGAAGAAGCUCGUGUGGGGAGAGGCGGCGGUAGGUGUGACAUCGCUCUCUUUUUCACACUUCGAUCCCCACGUGUUCGUUGUUGGUGUGGAAGGCGGCUUCUCACUCAAGUGCUCCACUGCAGCAGACACUCCAGCUCCCUGCCGGACAGGAGGUUCUGUUCCCCUCAGAGCACCAGCUGAGCUCGCCUUCUCCCCACACAGCGGGCCGGUGUACUCCGUCAGCUGCUCCCCCUUCCACAGGAAUCUCUUUCUGAGCUGUGGGACUGAUGGACAAGUUCACCUGAGCUCCAUGUUGCAGACACAACCCCUCAUUUCUCUUCAGUUAUCUACAAAAUAUCUCUUCUGUGUUCGCUGGUCUCCCGUCCGACCUCUGGUCUUUGCAGUGGCUUCUGGGGAAGGAGAUGUGCACCUGUUUGACUUUGAGAAGAGCUCCCAGAAGCCAGCUGUUUCCAUGAAGCAGGCCGUGGAUGAGUGCCCCGUGUACUGUUUAGAAUUUAAUACCAAGCAAACUCAGCUCCUGGCAGCAGGGGAUGCUGCUGGAACAGUCAAAGUCUGGCAGCUGAGUUCUGACUUCACCGAACAGCGGCCCAGGGAAAUGAAUCACCUGGAGCAGCUGGCAAGUGAGCUCACAGACUGAGACAGCAGCACAGCAGCUGUGGGGAGCUCCUCACUGCUGACUCUGGGAAAAGCUGCCCAUUCAACCCACAAAGCACCUAACUGUGACUACAGCUGGAGUUUCAUCCAUAUGACAGAGCUGCAUUUAACCAUUAAACACGAGAUGAUGUGGUUCGA